AUGUCGACCGCUUCCCUCAACGGCGCCUGCUCCCUUAUACUCUCCUCCCCCAAAACCACCACCACCACCACUUCUUCCCCGCGAAGACUCGUCGUCGCUAAGCUCAACAACACUCCACCUCCCUCUUUCUCUUCUUCUUCUUCUUCUUCCUCCUCAAAUCCCAUCAACACACCUCCUAGGCUCAUCAGGAACCAGCCCGUUUUCGCAGCUCCUGCCCCCCUUCUCAAUCCUGCUUGGAGUGAGGAAGACAUGUCGAAGGACUACCAGGAAGCCAUCAAGGGUCUUGAGAAGCUCCUCAGUGAGAAAGGAGAGCUGAAGGCGGUGGCAGCAGCCAAAGUGGAUCAGAUCAAAGCUGAGCUCUCCACUGCUUCCUCUGGCACCAAGCCAUUCGAUGCUGUUGAGAGGAUCAAAGAAGGCUUCAUUACCUUCAAGAAGGAGAAAUACGAGACGAAACCUGCACUGUACGGCGAGCUUGCCAAAGGGCAGAGCCCCAAGUACAUGGUGUUUGCCUGCUCGGAUUCGAGGGUCUGCCCAUCCCACGUUCUGGAUAUGCAGCCCGGAGAGGCUUUCGUGGUCCGCAAUGUUGCAAACAUGGUUCCUCAGUUCGACCAGGUGAAAUAUGCUGGUGUUGGAGCUGCGGUAGAGUACGCAGUGCUGCAUCUCAAGGUGGAGAACAUAGUGGUGAUUGGACACAGUGCUUGUGGUGGAAUCAAGGGUCUCAUGUCCUUCCCAUUCGAUGGCACUACUUCCACUGAUUUCAUAGAAGACUGGGUAUCAAUUGGGAUCCCUGCCAAGAAGAAGGUGUUGUCUGACAACGGCAGUGCUGCUUUUGGUGACCAAUGCACCACCUGUGAGAAGGAGGCCGUGAACGUGUCGCUGGCAAAUCUGCUGACAUAUCCAUUUGUGAGAGACGGGCUUUCGAAGAAGACACUGAAGUUGUAUGGAGGAUACUAUGACUUCGUCAAUGGAGGGUUUGAGCUGUGGAGCCUUGAGUACGGCCUUUCUCCACCGAUUUCAGUAAAAGAUGUGGCCACCAUUCUCCACUGGAAGCUCUACUAG